AUGGGGUGCGGACUUAGAAAACUAGAAGACCCUGAUGAUAGUAGCCCUGGAAAAAUAUUUUCUACCCUGAAGAGACCGCAAGUGGAAACAAAGACAGAAUUUGCUUACGAAUACGUAUUGCUGGAUUUUACUUUACAAGCUUCAUCAAACCCAGAAGUUAUCAAGAUAAAUUCAAUUCUGGAUAUAGUCACAAAAGUGGAAGACUAUUAUCUUAAAGGAUAUAUUGUUGGGGCUAUUCAUCCUGUUAUACAACCUGUAGGGCAGCGGAAACACCUACCUGCAAGUUACCUAUAUAGAGCGGUGCUGUCACGCUUGAAAUUAAGCCCGAAGCAUUCAGCAGCACCCAAUGGACAAAGACGCCCAAAGCUUGUGAUUGAGGAAUGUCUUCUAACUCAUGAGACACAAACAAAUGACAUAGCAAAAGAACUAAUAGAAAAGAUUAAUGUUGCUGCUAAAAGAGGAAUGAAAUUUGUAGGAUUCAUAUCACAGCAUUAUACACCAUCUAAAUUCUGCAAUGGAACCAACUCUGAUGGAGAUAUAGAAUCAACACUACAUGUGACAUACUGUUCAGAUGAAAACUGUAAAAGCUGGAGUGAAGGAACAUUGAGUGGACAAUCAUCUGAAAGUGGAAUCGAGGAAGAACUUCAUCAUGAAAGCGGACAGUGUCAAGUGGAACAAAAUUGCAGCCCCAGUUCCUCUAAAUCAAGAAAGGGAGAAGAUAACAAGUUGUAUAUAGUCUUCAAUGUUUUUGAUGAUGAUUCAACCUGCUGGACCUAUCAGGAAGGCAUCCUGUCAAUGAAAGUAACAAGAAAAGGAUCUGUCAUUAGUACACUUGAUGCUGAUUGGCUGGAGUUAACUGCAUUUUAUUAUAAGCAAGGCUUGUCUUUAAUUGAUUCCUUUGUAUGCUGGGAAACAUCUAAAGGGGACCAUUUGCCUAAAUCUUUGGAAGGAUUUUUUAUCUAUGAAGAAGAAGGUUCUGGAAUUCCAGGUUCUAGUAGGAAAGGAAAUGAUGCCAUCGUAGUAGAACAAUGGACUGUUAUUGAGGGCUGUGAAAUCAAAACGGAUUAUGGCCCUCUGCUGCACACCCUGGCUGAAUUUGGAUGGCUUCUGACAAGCGUGUUGCCUACACCUAUAUUAAGACAUGACAGUGAAGGGAAUUUGGCUACAAAGCAGGUCGUAUUUCUUCAGAGGCCAGUUAUGUGGAAUUCAGCUACUCAAACACCAGAAAGGAAAGCCAGCCAGCAGAUAAAAGGUGAAGACAGGAACCAAGUCACCAGCAGGAGCAUCGGAUUAGACACAGCCACGUUGCAACCUGCAGAGAGCAGACGACUGCUGGAGGUGUGCCUCCCCUCGCCCUCCAAAGAAUGCUGGACGAAGGUGGGGAUGCCUGCCCAGCGCAGCGGCUUGUCCGGGUUCAGCAGCGGCGACAGUGUCCUCCGUGAACUGGAUGAUGGACAGUUUGAUCAGGAAGAUGGAGUGACUCAGGUCACUUGUAUGUGA